UCAUUUAUCCAAACCAAUCAGAACGAAGCAUUCUACUAUUACAUAUUUCCGGAACUCCCCGUCCUUCUCUCUCUCUGUCGGAUUUCCGAGCGUGACCGACGUUUCGUGUCUGUUCAGACUUAAAAAUGCGUUACGUGGCCGCUUACCUGCUAGCUGUGCUCGGUGGGAACACCAGCCCCUCGGCCAAGGACAUCAAGGCCAUUUUAGGCAGUGUAGGGAUUGAGGCUGAUGAUGAACGCUUAAACAAGGUUAUUAGUGAGCUGGAAGGGAAAAACAUCAAUGAAGUGAUGAACUCAGGCCUCUCCAAGUUAGCCUCCGUACCAGCAGGUGGCGCUGUGGCUGCUCCUGCUGCAUCAGGCGGGGCUGCAAGUGCAGGGGCUGCACCUGCUGCUGUGGAAGAGAAAAAGGAGGAGAAGAAAGAAGAAUCUGAAGAGUCAGAUGAAGACAUGGGCUUUGGACUCUUUGAUUAAUCUGCCUUUGUUUCUAAAAAGCAAUAAAAAUGUAAAAGGUUUACACAGAA